AGUGUUGUGUAAACUGUCGAGUGCCGAGUCAUGGAUGGUUGUUGCUCAACAAACGUGCUACAAGGACGAUCACAAAGCUGAGUAAGGAAACGCAGCAGGAUGACUGAAACCACCGGCAGCUGAAAAAUCAUCUGAACUCUGGUCAGUGCGUCCCGUUUCAACCCGUCGUCGUGUGAAAGCGGCGCAAAACAAAGAAAUCUGUCCGUGUUCACCGUUAGCGGACCUGCUAGCCUCUCAGCAGUCACCUCUGUCAAUGAGACUUGUUUGCAUCGCAGAGGUGCAGCCAUGGUGUUUGUGCACAGCUACUGCGAAGCCAAUUCCUCUAUUUCCCAAACCUGGGUGGAUGAAGGCAUUUCCCCCUGCUUCUACUUCACCCUGCUUCCCACCGUCUUGCUCACCAUUGCCUUCUUCCUUGGCACAAUCCACUGCAUUUGCUACCAGCGAUAUGGCACCACAAUGGAACCCAAGUUUAUCCCGCGCUCCCGCCUCUACGGCCUCCAGCAGGCCACCUCUGCCCUCCUCCUGGUCCAGUUUCUGAGUGGGAUGGUGUGGCAGGCUGCCAGUGGAGGGGAGCUGCCUGGCUACGUGAUGCUGUAUGGCUGGUUCUCGGUGCUGGGCUGGGCCUGGGCCAUAGCUUUGCUCAGGCUGGAGAGACGCAGGGUCCUCGUUAUGGACCGGACGAGGGGCCACAGCACCGUCCUGCUGCUGUUCUGGGCUGUGGCGUUCUCAGCCGAGAACUUGGCCUUCGUCUCCUGGUAUAGUCCUCACUGGUGGUGGGCGCUGGAGAACCAGAAACAGCAGGUGCAGUUUGCCCUGUGGCUGAUACGCUACAUCAGCACUGGGCUGCUCUUCUUCAUUGGUCUGAAAGCUCCAGGGUUGCCACGGAGACCGUACAUGCUACUAAUCAAUGAGGAGGAGCGUGAUGUAGAGCAAAGCGCACAGUCCCUUUUGGGUAGAUCACAGGAGAACCAGUCCACCUGGCAGGAUUUUAGGAAGAAGGUGCGUCUGCUGGUUCCCUACAUGUGGCCGCGGGGCAGCAUCCUCCUCCAGCUGCUGGUCCUCUUCUGCUUGGGACUGCUGGGUAUCGAGAGGGCUAUUAAUGUCUUUGUGCCCAUCUACUACAAGAAUAUAGUGAAUGAACUGACUGACGGCAGCAGCUGGCCCACUGUGGCCACUACAGUUUGUAUCUACGUCCUGCUCAAGUUCAUGCAGGGCGGAGGGGCAGGUGCAUCAGGAUUUGUCAGCAACAUGCGCUCUUUCAUGUGGAUCCGGGUGCAGCAGUACACCAACCGCAUAGUGCAGGUGCGCCUGUUCGCCCACCUGCACUCCCUCUCUCUGCGCUGGCACCUGGGACGCAAAACCGGUGACGUCCUGAGGAGCAUCGACCGUGGAACCUCUUCCAUUAACAGCCUGCUCAGCUACAUAGUGUUCAGCAUCUUCCCAACCAUCGCUGACAUUGUCAUCUCCAUCAUCUACUUCAUCACUUACUUCAAUGCCUGGUUCGGCCUCAUUGUCUUCGUCUGCAUGACUCUCUACCUCACUCUGACCAUCAUCAUCACUGAGUGGAGAACCAAGUACAGACGAGACAUGAAUCAGCAGGACAACAACGCCAAAUCAAAAGCCGUGGACUCCUUGUUAAACUUUGAGACGGUGAAGUACUACAACGCGGAAAGCUAUGAAGUCAGUCGCUUUGAGGAUGCCAUCUUGAAAUACCAGGUGUCGGAGUGGAAGACCCAGGCCUCCCUGGCCUUUCUCAACCAAACCCAGAACCUCAUCAUCGGGUCAGGUCUGCUGGCUGGCUCCCUGCUCUGUGCCUACUUCGUCACUGAAGGAAAGUUUCAGGUGGGGGACUUUGUUCUCUUUGGCACCUACAUCAUCCAGCUGUACACCCCCCUCAACUGGUUUGGAACCUAUUACAGAAUGAUCCAGAAUUCUUUCAUCGACAUGGAGAGCAUGUUCAAACUAUUCGAGGAGGAGGAAGAGGUUAAAGACGAUAUAAAUGCAGGCAACCUUCUCUACAAGCUGGGAAAAGUGGAGUUUGAGAACGUUUAUUUCAGCUACGUAAAUGGGAAGGAGAUUCUCCGCGAUGUUUCCUUCACUGUGCUUCCAGGACAGACAGUUGCUCUGGUGGGACAGUCGGGGUCUGGCAAGAGCACCAUCAUUCGACUGCUCUUCCGUUUCUACGACGUUCAGGGAGGCUGCAUCCGCAUUGAUGGACAAGACAUAUCCAAGGUGAAGCAGUCAUCUUUGCGAGCCCAUAUCGGAGUGGUUCCUCAGGACACUGUCCUCUUCAACGACACCAUCCGGGACAACAUUCGCUACGGCCGCAUCUCAGCCAGCGACCAAGAGGUGGAGGAGGCCGCCGUAGCCGCUGACAUCCACGAUAAAAUCAUGACUUUCCCUGAAGGAUAUGAUACCCAGGUGGGUGAAAGAGGUCUGAAGCUGAGUGGAGGGGAGAAACAGAGGGUGGCUAUUGCCCGAACCAUCCUCAAAGCACCACAGCUCAUCCUGUUAGAUGAGGCUACAUCUGCACUCGAUACACAGACAGAACGCAACAUCCAGGCCUCACUUGCCAAAGUCUGUGCCGGUCGCACUACGGUUGUUGUAGCUCACAGGUUGUCUACCAUCAUCGGAGCAGACCAGAUUCUGGUUGUCAGCGACGGCCAGAUCGCUGAGCGAGGAAGACAUGAGGAGCUGCUACAAAAGGGCGGUUUGUAUGCUGACAUGUGGAUGAAGCAGCAGCGGGCCCAGGACUCAGAUUCAUCCUCAGACACAGAAUCCAAAGAUCGCAAAUCUGAGAAACUUCAGCCUGCGUCAACCUCUACCGGCCACCGAGGCCACUGAAUGUAUUUUUAUGUUGUUUUAAAACAAAUCGAGGGUGCAUAUAGUGCCCCGCUUUCUAGAACUCUACAUUUUGACUCCCAAUGUAUUUGUAAAAAGGUGAUAGUUAAUUUUCAUGUAUAAGAACACUCAAUUAUAUCAACUUAUUUAUUGAGUUUUGAAUGUGCCUUGAGUGACUGUGAAGACGAGGGAAGGCAAUUUGAGAAAACUGAGGCAGCAAAAAUGCUCUGAGAUCAUCUUAAAUGCCUCAGCAGUCUUUAAUCGCUGGAUAGUAAGGUAUCGUUCGUGAUAGCACUCAAAGCUGUGAAUGGCUGAAAAUUUUAACUUGGUUUUAUGGUUUCAUUAUUUUUACUGUUAAAUAUUUACAAUUGUUCUUUUGUGCUUAUAGUGAGGUGGUGAGACCUGCUGGUCCUGUUUCACUUACCAUGGCAGGAAAAACUACAUAAUAUCCCAAAAUAGGCUGCUCAGAUCAGGAACAGAUAUUAAUAAAAAACUGAUUUUCUAUCCCCUUGCAACUUCUGUUGGCCUGAGUCAUAGAUUGUUGGAGGAGACAGAAAUGAAAGUUGGAAGGAAUGGAAGAAAACACUUUUAUUACAGUGUUAAUGCUGCAGCUUAAUGAAUUGUUGACAUUAUGGCUGAAAUUUUAUUGCUCAAGGGAAUCCUCUUAGUAAGCAGGUAUAAGGCAAUUUGUGGGCACUGAGAACUCUCUGUCCACUGAAUAACAUUUUGUAAAUGACAACUGAAACACUACACAAGCUGUCAUUUUAUUCAGGUUUAUAUUUCUCUCAUGUAAAGAGGCCAGGAAAUCACUUUACGCUGCUGUAAGCAUGGAAGCAAUUUCUGACCACAGAAUGUAAAGGCAAGGACAUUUACACUUUUAUUGAAUUGGAAAGUGCUGUUAAUAUUGCACUUAAAGUGACUAUUUAAAUACAGUGUGUUGGCACUUGUAUACCUUAUCAAUGUAAAGUGGAGUGUGUGGAUGUUUGUUGUGACUUUAUUAAAAUAGUCAUAAUGUACAAGAAUUUAAGGGAAAUGUAUGAACAGAAGUAUCACCUGCAGAAGCUGAAUUUAGUUGUAUUUGAAUUCGUGAUGCCUGAAUCGAAUCAUUGUAUGUCAAAUUUUAGGCUGAAUAAUGGUUUGAAUUUAACAUCUUGAAACUUAUUUCAAAGUAAGUUGAGGUACAAAGAGUCACAUUUUGCAAUUCAGUUUCAAUUUGGUCAUACACUGAUUAAAGUCAAGCAUCAAAAUUAAAGCUUUUCAAACUACUUGCACUAAUCUCUGCCCACAGGAAAUAGGCAGUUCAGUAAACUUAUUCUAAAGUUUACAGAUAUGUGCAUUUCAUUUUGAAAGCCUGGAUCAGUGUCCAUACAAAUAAAAUACUCAUCCGUCCUUUUUACUUAUCCUUUAAUGGCCCAUGCAAGAGUGCCAUACAUGCUCAUGAUUAUAUAAGUAAUUAAGUAUAUAAUUUACAAUUUGAGUAAGUCUCUGUAGUUACACAUCUGUAUUACAAAAGGCUCCAUGUUCAAGAUUGCAUUUUGUACAUAACUGUUUUGCUUUGUACUUCCAAAGAAUAAAAUGUGUUUUUAUUUUA